CAACCUGCCCAUUUAAACGGCGGCGGAGGCGCGGGCGCCGCACCGGGGCCGGGCUGAGCCCCGGCUGCCGCCGCCGAGCCGGGAAGAGAAGAGCGCGGGUCCCGAGCGGGGACGGUCGCUCUGCUGGGAGGAGGGCGGUUGCAGACUCAUCCCGGGUCCUGCUGAUGCUCCCGGCGAUCCGGCGCUGCCUUCGCGGUGGGAAAACGACAAACGAGGCGAAGCACCUGGCGCAUCGGGGAGCGGAGCGAGAGCGGCCGCAGAGACAUCUGCUGUGACCAAGUUGGUUUUGAAGAUUAUCGAACGGGAAAAGAGUUUGGGAAGCGUGAUGUGACCGUGGGCUUCCAGAAAUCCUGAGGACUUGUGGGGACAGCCCACAGCAUGUGAGCAGAAGGGGAAGCCUGGAGUGGGAUCCCUGCCUGCCCACGCCUGGACUUGACGUUGCUGGGGCCACAUCUUGCAAUAAGAGGAAGAGGAAAAGACGGUUCAUUCACUGUUGCUAAAAAUGGGAGGCAGCAUCUGUCCAGCAGACCAGGAAGGGAAGCUCCAGACCUUGCCUGUGGGGCAUCCCUGGGAGUGCUGCAGCGAUACAGCCCGCUGUCAGUGAGGGGGGUCGGGGCAGCAUGGCUCAGAGCGCCUGGGUCAGCAUGCUCUUCCACAACCGCAAGACCCAGCUCCUGCUGGUCAACUCCCUGACGUUCGGCCUGGAGGUCUGCCUGGCUGCAGGGAUAACCUACGUGCCCCCGCUGCUGCUGGAAGUGGGUGUGGAGGAGAAGUUCAUGACCAUGGUUUUGGGGAUAGGACCUGUCCUUGGCCUGGUUUUUGUCCCACUGAUCGGAUCUGCCAGUGACCACUGGCACAGCAGCUAUGGCCGAAGGCGACCUUUCAUCUGGAUGCUUUGCCUGGGAGUCCUGCUGAGCCUCUUCAUUAUCCCCCAUGCCAGCAGCCUGGCCAGCCUGUUUGCCCUCAACACUCGCCCGCUGGAGAUUGCCUUCCUCAUCCUGGGCAUCGGGUUACUGGAUUUCUGCGGCCAGGUCUGCUUCACUCCACUGGAAGCCCUGCUCUCAGACCUCUUCCAGGAGCCGGACAACUGCCGCCAGGCCUUCUCCAUGUAUGCCUUCAUGAUCAGCUUGGGGGGCUGCAUUGGCUACCUGCUUCCAGCCAUUGACUGGGGAGGCAGCUUUCUGGCCCCAUACUUGGGAGGGCAGGAGACCUGCCUCUUCAGCCUCCUCGCCGUCAUCUUCCUCGGCUGUGUGCUGGCCACACUCUUUGUGACAGAGGAGGCAGCCACCCAGGCAGAUGUUCUGGAUGGCUCGGCGCUGAAGGAUGCUCCCCCUAAGCCCACGCCUCUGGCCUGCUGCUCUUGCCAGCUCUCCAGGAGCUCCUGUCUCCUGCAGGCCAGGCACAUGGUGCAGGCCCUGAGGAACCUCUGCACACUGGUGCCACGGCUUCACAGCCUCUACUGCCGCAUCCCCAAAGUCAUCCGGCGCCUGUUCGUGGCCGAGCUCUGCAGCUGGAUGGCACUCAUGACUUUCAUGCUGUUCUACACAGACUUCGUUGGGGAAGGGCUGUACCACGGCGUCCCCAGAGCCAAGCCUGGCACAGACGCCAGACGCCACUACGAUGAAGGUGUCCGCGUGGGCAGUUUGGGCCUCUUCCUGCAAUGCAUCACAUCCAUCUUCUUCUCGACAAUCAUGGACCGGAUGGUGAAGCAGUUUGGGACGCGGGCAGUCUACCUGGCCAGCGUGGUGUUCUUCCCCGUGGCUGCCUUCGUCAUGUGCCUUUCCCACAGUGUCAUCGUUGUUACCGCCUCGGCUGCUCUGACGGGCUUCACCUUCUCUGCACUCCAGAUCCUGCCAUACACGCUGGCAUCACUGUAUCAUCAUGAAAAACAGGUAUUUUUGCAUAAAUACAAGAGCAAAGAGGUGGAAGACGCAGCUCGAUUGGACAAGAAAUCAUCCUUCUCUAAAGGCCUCCUUUCCAGCCAGAAGCUUCCUUACCAGAAUGGACACGCUGGGAGCCUCUUCUCUUCUUCUUCCUCCCCACCAGCCGCCAGCUCAGCUCUGUGUGUCAGCUCCUCCUGCGACGUCUCGCUCAUGAUGAUGGUGGGAGAACCGGACUCGGUGCCUCCUGGCCGAGGGAUCUGCCUGGACCUGGCUAUUUUGGACAGUGCUUUCCUCCUCUCUCAGGUUGUCCCCUCCCUCUUCAUGGGAUCCAUCGUCCAGUUUACGCAGUCAGUGACUGCCUACAUGGUGUCAGCUGCCGGCUUUGGCCUGGUAGCCAUUUACUUUGCAACCAAAGUUGUCUUUGAUAAGAGUGACAUGGCGAAGUAUUCAGUGUGAUGCGUGGAAGGCACAAGGGCGGCACGUGGGUGCCUGCACGUGGUAAAAUGAGAUGCGUGUGUGUGUGUUUACGUGGGCACUUGUGGGAAGCCUCGUGUGGCACUUGCUCUCGCCAUGCUGUUGCCGUGGCCCUGGGGGGUAGUUCUGGGGCUGGGGGCAGGAGAGAUGCAGCAGAGCUAAUCUCAGGUGUAAAUACGAGGCAUCGGGGCAUUGUGCUUCGGACCAUCAGUGCUUUCCAAAGGUGCCUUUAUCAAAAGAAAGCACUGCAGAGCCAGCACCAAAGGGGGUUGUACAGGGGAGAGAAAGGAAACGGACUUUUCCUUUAAUAACGGGUCGUGUUUCUGAGCAGGAGAGGCAGUGGUACGGAAAGGGGAGGGAAGAAAUCACUGGCUCUCCUGUUUUCCAGUUACAGCUGUCUCCUCUUCCCCUGCUUGUUGUAGUUUUACUCAACUUCUUGAGCAAUACUUCUACAAAUAGGACACUGGGAGGAGAUUUCCUUGGAAAAAAAAAAAAAGAGAUGGGUGGCUAAGGUUUCACCACAGACCAAAGGGGGUGCAUAUGUGUGCACGUAGGCUUCCGUCCUUCCCCACCUCUGAUCUGACUGGGAGAAACCAUUUAAGAGAAAAGUUACUGUGUCUUGUUUUGGAAAAACAAGUAGCGUUUCAUUAGGACCAGUUCCAAAAGGUGACUUAUCUUUUACCUAUGUAUCAAGUUGCAUCAGAUAGAAAGGACUUCUUUUUCUAAUGAUUGUUUUUAGCUUUUCUCACACAGUUCUCCGCAACUCUGACCUCUCACUCCUCAGCGCUCAGAACUGCUGCCUGCUCUCUCCCCUAGCAGAUCUAGACUGUUGUGCCUCUUACACACCUGGCCCCUAAAAGAUGCAGCCAUAUCCCAAGGAAUGUCUGUUCUCACAGCGUUUUCAGCCCUGUGACAGUGAAGCAGGACAGGAAGAGCUCUCCUGCAGGGCUCCCUGUCACUGCUGGAGUAGGUACCUGGAGUUGGUCACUGGCUGCGUCUGUUUUCCCUCAAAGACGUGUUCCCAAAGCAACCUUCUAGACCAGACUCUUCUUUCCCCACAGAAGGGCUUUCGGCUGCGCUUGCAGGCUGGCAGGAGCGCACCUUGCAGAGCACACCGCAGCCCAGUUCCCAGCACGCCCAGAGAGGCUGCUGGAAGCAGCAUGGUAAACAGGAGGUGGGCAGGAUGAAAUGUGCCUCCAGCCCCUCCGGCAGCUGCUCGCAGAGCAGGGCGAGCCUGGUUCUUGGUGUGCCGGACCAAAGAAGGAGCAGGACAGAAACACUUGAUGCUGUUUGUGCCUGUGGUUUGCCAAUCCAGAUUACGUAUUUACUAUGUUAUACUUGUUUGGGCUUUUUAAAAUUUAUUUUCUUUCCAGACAGGAGUCAAGAUUCUUACUGAGGCACAGCAUAAACACAGUUACCUGUUAAAGUGAGGCAAAGUGCCUUUUGCUGCCAUAGCACUGGGACCAAAUGCUCCUGGAUUGUUCAGAUUGUUUAGCUCCCAGGUGUGAGUCAUCUUCCACUGGCAGAAGAGUGGCUACAGCUGUGUGUUCUUCUGGCCAGUCCCACUCCAGAUACAAGUGGACCAGCUGGAAUAAUUCUGCUGGGGGCAGGUGUCUUCCACUCAAAGACUACCUGUACGCCACGUAGGAGUCGAGGUCCUGGCCCACAGUCAGCACUUAGACUUUGUAAUGAUCCAAACUCUGCCUACAACGCGUAGAGGAAAGCUCCUGAGGAGGCUAGGCUGUGAGUACACUGACGUUGUUCAACAGUCCUUAAUUUUGGCUGGCCUAAACAAAGUGCUUGUGACUAAUUUUCUGCGGAGGUGUGUGGGCAGCGAGAUGCUCUUGUGAGGUUCGGCUGAAGGGCAAAAUGUUACUAUUCUUGCAAAGUCUUGUCAGACUAUUUCUUGGCAUGGAAGCAAGGUCACUCCCCUGCUGUCUGCAGAUGGGUCCUGAGAGUGCUUAGCCUAAGUUUUUUAAACAUUUCUUUCCCGUAAAGGGUCACUGUUUUUGUUUUAUUUCUUCUCAAAUUAUAUGCCUACCAGCCUCCCUUUCCCACAACAAGGUUUGUGUGCUGAAAUGCAGCUGUUUUGGGGAUGGAUUUGGCAGCUGCUUAACCACCUACAGAAACAGUUUCUCGUCUGUACUUCCUACCCUGCUCUCUGUCCACUUCAGGCUUCAGGAGGAAGUUUUUGAGGCAAAAUGUUAUUGCCAAAGGUGGGGCGUUUCUUGGGUGAAUGCUCCUCGUGAUCAGUAACCUCUGACUGAUGUAAAAUGUAUAAUGUGGGGAACCUUCACACACAGAGGCUGCUACAGUGCUAAGUGCUUUUGAUAAUUGAGCCAUUUGUUUAAGUGCCUAAAGAGUGCUUCCACACCAAACUUCAGGUGUACAGGUCUGAUGAUAAAGGCCUUGAAUGCUUCAUUACAGACAUCCAAGUGAUAAGGCAGCAGGCUGGAGGGGGGAGACAGCCUUAUUUUAUAAUGUCCUUCAGUUUGGAACGUGAAAGAACAAGAUGCUGCAGUUCUUGAUCCGUAAUUUUACCUGUCUCUCGAGAGGAGAAGACGUAAGCCUGCCAGAUACCCGGGCUGACCUGCCCUCCCUCUGCUGAGGUGGCUGUGGCUGGUGGCCGUGCAGAGGUUUGGGCUCACAGCACAUGCAGCAGGCUCGGGGUCACAGCUGAGCUGAAGGGCUUGAGAUUAGUCAGUGCAGGUUGGGUCUCAGACCUGUCCCUCCCUGACAGAUCAAGCAUGCCUUCGGCCUCUGUGUUCCUCCAUCCCCUUCGCUGCGCUGGGUCACGGACUUGGCACCCAGAUCUCCUCAGCAAAUCUGCUGUCUGCAUCCAGAGUGUUGGCUCUGAUCUCACUGGGAGAGGGCAGGCUGGGUUUGUCCAGUUUUCUCAUAAUUCAGAUAUGUUUCCAGGGAGGUGCCUGCAUUUACUUCAUUUAUGUUCAGAAAAGAUCACUGAGCGACUGAACUUGUGGCUCUGCAGCCAGCUGCUCUUGCUCUUUGCUGCUGCAUCCCAGACGGGCGCCCAUCACCUUGCUUUGGCCUGAUCUGUGACUGGGCUGGUAACAGAGCUCGGUCUCUGGAGCUCCCCGAUCCAGCUGGAGAGACAUGAUCCAGUCUGAACCAAGGGCUCCUUAUCCACUUGUCCUCUGGCUGUGCUGCUCUUACUUUAUUUAGCCAGUUCAGCAAGUAUGGGAAGAGCUACUUGGUUAUCCACCAAGAGUUUGAUUUCUCCUCUCCCCCUGGCACCCUUCUUCCCAUUUCUCCAUCUGGAUUGAAACCCACUGAACUCCAUAAUUGCUCCUUUCUUUCUUACCCACUUGUGACACCAGGAGAAGAUUUGGGCUGUUUGCAGGAGGAGAGGAGGGGUGCAGGAAACUGCUGCAUUGAGUCAGGUCCUGGGUAGGUGGGGGAAGUUGGGGGAGCAGUUUUCUCCAUAAGAGCUCAGCGGGGAAGGAAGGCAAGGGAGCAGACUCAGAGGAGAAUGGGGAGAGAUCAGGGCGAGGGAGCAGGAGGAAGAAGGGGGUUCAGGGGAGAGCUGAGGUCUGUAGCAACGUGAGGGACUGGUACGGGGCACUGGUUGGAACUGGGCUGGCUCUGCCCUGGACGUGGCCCUUUGGCACUAGGCUGCCCGGGCAGCGGGUGGGAACGUGCCCCUUGUUGUGGCCUUGGCCUGUCCAUAGAGCACUUCAUAGCCCCCCCUGCUCGCACCCGCACCCCAGCGUGAUCCCGACCACGGCGCAGGAGCUGGGUGUGUAGUCUGAGCUCAGGGCUCGAGCUGGGCUGUCGGCAGCCGCCUUCCCCGACCCCGCUAAGGGAUUAAAUUUGCUGUCACCGCGAUGGCCCCGUCUGCCCGCUCUGUUCCUGCCGAAAGCAUUUCUUCCCAGUUCAGGCUGUCACUGGGGCUGACAGGAGAGGCCUUUUCCAGAGUGUUGACAAACUCCUGUCUUGGUAAGAUUGUUCUUUCUGCCUAACCCAGUUAGGUUCUGCUAAGGAGUUCUGCUUCUGCUAAGGAGAGCUGCUCUGUGUCAGCAUCACCUAUAGACCAGCAAGGGACACGGGUAAAGGUAAGCACAUCCCUUACAUGCUGUUACUGAAAUAACCUGUGUGAGCACAGAAAUCCCUCUAGGAUUUGAUUCUGUUGUACAACUUGCAGGUACUGGUACAGGCUGGGCAGAGGUGGUUACCGUCAGCUUUUCUCUUUCAGGUAGAAGGUGCACUUCUGCUUUUUUCUCACGGGUGAAUCGUGCUGUGCCUCUCCUUUCCUUUUGUGUGAGAUGGGGGUUUUGAGAGCUGAGAUGGGGAGCAGAGGGGAGAAGGGAGGAUGUCUUUUUAAUGUGGGACUAUUGUGAAUCUCUAGGUUAGGGAAGGAUGCCUGGAUGCUGUUUUUUUUUUUUUUUUUCUUCUGAGACCAUGUGCUGUCUGCAAGAUGUUUUAUUUAUUCAGUAGAGUAAAUAUUUUGUAUACGAUGUAAGAGGAAGGCUAUUACAAAUUUUUAUGAAAAGGAGGAAAUAAAAGGUGUUUAAAUGGGA